AUGCUGGACGAAUUCGACGGCCUAUACGGACCCAUCAUCGGCUCCUCUGAGACACCUUCUAAUCACCAGGCUGUGGAAACAGAUGCUGUCCGCCUGGGACGAACGAACCGUCUCCGCAAGGAAUAUGACGAGCUGCGGACCGAUUUGGUCGAGGAGCUGGGUGCAGUGGAACUGCGGAUGACGCAGCCGGCGGCACGGGCGAAGGAAUCUCUGGCGCCGAUGAAGAAGACUAUUAAGAAGCGGAAUAAUAAGAAGACCGACUUUGAGAUCUCCCAGGGUCGUGUGGACAGUCUGCUGAAGAAGCCGAAGCGUUCGGAGCGAGAGAAUGUCAAUCUGGCCAAAGCUGAAGCGGAAUUGGCUACGGCGAAAGAGGUUUGUAUUACUGGCCUUAUUGUGGAGUUCUCUUCUAAUGGUGAACAGAUCUAUCAAGCUGCCGAUGCCGAUUUACGGGACCGACUUCCUACAUUGGUGGCAUUGAUCUUUUCUUUGACGCCCUAUAUCCUCGAGGCGCAGGUGGAAAUCCAGAAUCGCAUGUUGGCGCACUAUUAUACGGUUCUACACACCUUCUGCGACGAGGAGGGAUUCCCUUCUCCCCCACCAGACAUGGAACAAAUCGUCUACGAUUUCGAAUUCGCCUUCAACCCGGUGCGAAGCGAGAUCGAAGACUUUGGCUGUCUCGACCAAGGCAAAGCCCUGCGUCGUGCCGCUGAAGCCCAAGAGAAUAAAAAGCGACCCUCGAUCGGUGAAAAACGACCUUCUAUCGGUGGGCGCACCGCCAGCAACGCCUCAUCCAUUUCCCUCCCCAGCUCCCUUCGCCGGGGCUCACAAACCCCUGCAUCCAACCAGACGCCCAUCUCAUGUGUACCUGAAUACCCGCCUUCGCCACCCCUGUCUGUGGCCAGUAAACAGGCCAUUCCCGUGGGCAACGCGGGGAUUUCCCCACCAGCCUCCACUGGUGGAGACUAUUUCACUCCAAUGAUAUCCCCUGCCCCUGCCGCUGCUCCUGCUGGGGUGAUGUCUUUCUCCCCCGCGGGGCCCAAGAUCGACCAUUUCCAAUCCACUGCUUCCCCUCGGGGUACGCCGUUUGACGUUGCUGCCGCUGGUAAGAAGAAGCCCCCACCUCCACCGGUGCGGGCCGUCUUUGUCACUGCCCUGUAUGACUUUGAUGGCCAGGGGACGGGGGAUCUGGUCUUCCGUGAGGGAGAUCGGAUUCGUGUGGUGCAGAAGACGGAUAGUACAGAUGACUGGUGGCAGGGCGAGUUGCGGGGGGUUAAGGGGCCUUUCCCUGCUAAUUAUGUGGAGUGA